UAUUUUCAGGCCUUUGAAGCCGCGUGCCGGAGGCCCCGAGGUCUUGGGCCGUGGGCGACCUGGGCCACCGCGCGGGCCGGGCGCUUAGGGAGGGCAGCGCGUCCUGCGCCCAGAACCGGCUCGCCCCAGCUAGACGAGGCUGACUCGGUCCUCCCAGGGGGCCGGCCGCAGGCGGGUCCCGGCGUCCAGACGCAAGCUCGCUCCCCAGGGUCUCUGCUCCCCCCGGUGGCCCGGCCCCACCACCGUUUCCUUUCUCUGAACCCGAAGCCUCCUCGCUGAGCUCCACCCCUGUCCUUUUUUAUUUUUCAUUUUGAGACAGGGUCUCGCAAAGACGAAGUUGCCAGGCUGAGGGUCGGGGAUGUAGCUCAGUGGUUCCACCGCCUGCCUCGCCAGCGCAAGGUCCCGAGUUCGAUCCCCGGUACCAAAAAAAAAUUGCCAGGCGGGGCUUAAACUUGCGAUCCUACUGCCUCAGCCUCCCAGAGUGCUGGCAUCAAGGCGGCGCCCCCACCCCCAGUUCCGCGUUUUGGAUGAAAAUUUCUGCCCGUCUGUUGUUUUUGAGGACGUCUGUCUGCAAGACUGGGUUUGUCUGUGUGCAGUCCUGGAUUCUGGGCCAGAGCAGCGCCCACCGCCUGGGUCUUGCUGAGCAGCGCAGUCUGGGAGUCGCUCAGCGAACAAGCCGGGCGCAGGCUCGACCUGGGCUGGGUCAGCUGAUCCCGGGCGCUGUCCAGCACGCUGACCUCACCGAGGGGACAGACAGCAGGGCUAAAGGACAGUUCGAGUGUCAAGGAAGGGAGCCUGCGUCCCAGCAGAGGCCACUGGACAGGAGGACUAACUCCCCGCUGCUGUGCGCUCUCCCCAGAGGACCUGAAUGCCAUGAAGUGGGGCUGCACAGAUGGAGCUGGCACUUUCCUGGGCUGCUGCUGAGGGCCAGGAGCCCACUGCCCACCGCCCUGGCCAUGGCACUGUCCACUGAGCUCAUCCACAGGGUGGAGGAGGCGCUGGAUGAGGAGGAGAAGGAGCUGCUGGCCUUCCUGUGCCGCGAUGUUGCUGAGGACUUGGCAUCCCACGAUGCCCGGGACCUGCUGGCCACAAUGAGUGAGAGAGGCCAGCUGUCCUCCCUGGGCCUGGCGGAGCUGCUCUACAGGGUGCGGCGCUUCGACCUGCUCAAGCGGGUGCUGAGGAUGGACCGGGCGGCCCUGGAGGACCACCUGCGCAGGCACCCUGGCCUCGUGUCUGACUACAGGGUGCUGAUGAUGGAGAUCGGUGAGGAUCUGGACAAGUCUGACGUGUCUGCACUGACUUUCCUCAUGAGGGACUACACAGGCAAGACAGCCAAGGAUAAGAGUUUCUUGGAUCUCGUCAUUGAAUUGGAGAAAUUGAAUCUGGUUGCUCCAAAUCAAUUGGACUUACUAGAAAAAUGCCUAAAGAACAUCCACAGACUAGACCUGAAGACGAAAAUUGAAAAGUACAAGCAGUCUGCUCAAGGAGCACGAACAAGUUACACGAAUUCUGUCCAAGCCUCUUUCCCAAACUUGAGUCUCAAAGAUCUUUCACAUAAUUUAAGGCUCCAGAAUGGGAGAAGUAAGGGAGAAAAACUCGAGACACAUCAUCGAAAACCCGUGAAGAUGUCUGUUCAGGAAUCAGGAGCCUUCUCGCCUCAGUGCACGCCCCUGGAGAGAUACCGGAUGCGGAGCAGGCCCCUGGGCAUCUGCUUGAUAAUCGAUUGCGUGGGGAGCGCUGCAGAUAUUUGCUUAAUGGAGCCGUUCUAUGGAAGGUAUCAGUUGGCGUGACCGCAUGUGGAUCACAGCGAACUCGAAAUCAGCGAGCCAGGACAUGUUGUUGUGUUCGGUUUUUCAGGGCUUUUCCACACCUGUCCUGAGCCUGUGGGCGGGUGGUACCUUCCGGGCAGCCCGCACUAACAUGUUUGGGAGAAAACCUGUCAUUUCAAGAGGUCUUUUCUGGGGAACAGGUGGAAUUUCCACCGAGGUCUGGGGCGGGAGCGGGGUUUCCAGCCUGUGUACAGGCAGACUGUGUACAGGUGACUUCUGCUUUCAUUAAAGCUUUAUUUUCCACAUUGGCACUGAGCUUUUCUUCCCCAUCUGUGGGCAGAGAAGGCAGUGACGAGGCCUCGGGGCCUGUCCUGUCCACCUGGGCCCUUUUCAGAGUGGGAUGCAGACCCCCCCGGGUCACAGUUCCAAGUUCUGGGUCCCGUUGCUCCCCCUGAGCCCUCCUUCUCCGACUGGCCAGGCCAAUUCUUCUCCCUUGGCAUCGGCCUGUUCUGUUGGAGCAGCCCUCAGUAUUGCGUCCACCCGGUCCCCCAGCGCCUCCAGCCGCCUUGCCAGGAGCAGGCUCAGGUGACGGCCUCAGUCACGGGGCUGCCACUUCCUGAGCCCACAGUCGGGGAUGCCCGUGUCCUGGGCCACUGAGUCAGGCGGGACUGCAUGGAGGAGGAGCGGGCAGCAUGCUGUCGGGGGUGGGCACGGGACACUGAGCGGGGCGGCUGAGCCACCUGCUGAGUGCCUCAUCUUGCCAGGGUCCUGUGGUCCUGUUCCUGCCCAUCUGGGGUUGGUGCUCCUGGCCUAGACGGAGGCUGCUGGGUCAGGGCUCCAGCUCCAUCUCCAUCCUUUUCUUCUUCCUGUCUGCUGGCCAAGGUUUUCCCAUGACGGCCCUGGCCCCUUCUCCGUGGCCUCUUCUGAGGGCAGGUGAUUCCUAGGGCAGGAAGAAGCUCAGGCCCUGGGGCUCUGAGACCAGUUCCUCCUUCACCUGCACCAUGCUGCUGCUGCUCACAGCUGUGACAGGGCCAGGGCCAGGGCCAACUGGAACCUUCUGGGUAGUCCUCAGGGAGAGCAGGGGCGGGGGGCGUGUACUGGCCUGGGGCCCUGUCUCCCCUGCACUCUGCCCCUAGAGGACCGAAGGAGUCCCACCCAGCAAGAGGCAUCUGGAAUGAGCGGUAGUGGAGGGACUGGUGUCCUCCUUGUCCUGCCCUGUGUCCACCUCAGUGUAGCGCGGGGCACUGAAACCUUGGUGUGCUGGGAGGCAGACAGACCUUUCUGUCUCUCUGGGGUCCGAGGAGGCUGAGUGUGCCGUUUCCUCGGUCAUCUAAAGCUGCAGAUCAUGUCCUCAUACCCUGAUAACGGUACUGAGCGAGGACCUGGGACACAGGCCGCUGCCUUGGAUCUGUGUGUGAUUCCAGGACACAGGGAUUCACUCUUUCACACCUAACAGUAGCAGGCAGGAGGGAGAGGUAAGCACCGAACCUGUGGUUCUCAUCCCCUUUGGCUGCUAGUAGAGGUCACGAGACUCAGCUGCUAGGUUUCUUACCUAACCGUAUGGACAGAUUACUGCUGCUGAGUGGCUUCAAAUGGUAGGAAUUCAAGGUCCCAGAGCUCGGGGGAGGCCGUGGUCGUCAGCAGGGUCUGAAGCCUUCUGAGGUGACUCAUUCCUGCAGUGGGGCUAGCUCAGGACACUGCUCUUCUCAUGGCGUGACACUGGCUCCCGAGGGCAUGUGCGUAAGGACAGCAAGGCCAGUGGAAGCAGGGCUUCGGUGGGACACAGUCUCACGUCUGCCACAGAAGUCCCCAGAAGUGGUUUCAGGCUGGUCCAUGUCCAAGAGGGACAGGCUGUGCAUCCUGUGUGGAGGAGUCGCAGGACAGGUGAGUGUGUCUCCAGCCUGCCGCCUCUGCUAGGCUUUGGGCCACAGCUGAGCCUGGGCCAGAAAGCCCCAUUGCAGCCUGUGCCACAGUGAACAGAUCCUGCUCAUAGCCUGAGUGAAUUAAAUCCAUAACACGCAAGCCAGCUCUCCCUUGCUGAGUGUGUGUGCGCAGAUGUGCAUGGGUCACUGACACAAGCGCUCCGCCACUGAGCUACAUUCCCAGCCCACUCUGGCCUUGAGCUUUUGAUCUUCCUGCCUCAGCCUCCCAAGUAGCUGGGAUUACAGGCAUGCACUGCCACACCUAGUUAUCCCAGCCUUUUGUUUCCCCAAGGUCGCGUUCCUUUUUCUUUAACCAGUUAUCUUUUCCCUAGUUGCUACUGAGAGUCUAAAACAGAAUUUGAGAUUUCUUUUGCUCAUGGUUACAGUUGGCCCAUGGCUGGUCAGGUGCUGGGCAGGGUGGCUGACACUGUCAAUGGAAGCCAUGGCUUGACUGAUGUGUGACUCUGUACUUAGCCUUGCUCCCGUUAGCGUGAAUCUCUCAGCCAUGCGCUGCCUUAGCUGUUUUCCCUUGGUCUGUUCCUGUGAUUCCCUAAUGCAUGUCCAGUGGUGGAAGUUACGCUGCUGUAAUGAUUACUGAUGGUUUGGUUGAGAGAAUGUGGGUGGGCGGACUUCUGGUUGACUGCACCCGGGACAGGAGGAGAGGUUGGCACUAGAGACAGGACAAGGGGACAAACGCAGAGAAGUGGACCGAGUCUGAUGGGGACCCCGAACGGAAGAUGCUUGUCGAGUCUCUGAGCUUGGGACUGAGCACGAAUCCUGCCCAGAAAUGAGUAAGACCAAGCAGCAUCUUCAGAAAUGGGAAGAACAGACCUGUAUUCAAACGGGCGUGGACCCACCAUGGUUCUGGGAGCGGAACCCAGGGCCCAGAGGUUACUGGGCAAUGCUCUACCGCCGAGCUUCUCCACAGCCCUAAUUUAUUUUUCGCUUUGAGACAGGGUCUCACUGGGCUGCCCGGUCUGAGCUCAGACUUCACCCUCCUGCCUCAGCCCCCAUGGGACUGGGAUCACAGGCCUGUGCCACUCCAGGGACAUGGGUUUUGGGUGGGGAAGAAAAAGAAGUUUCUGUUCUCUGUUAGAAAAGAUAUAAACUGAUGAGAGGAGGCCGUGCUUAUUCCUCUGCUGGAGGAAGGCCGGCCAAGCAGAGGAGAAAGCACUGGACCUGGGAGGCUCGCUGGGCCUUGAAAUGUCGGGAGAUGGACAGAAGGGUUUAGUCGUGGACACCUGGCCUUGCACUGCUCUCCCUUGGCCAGGUGGAACUCGUGGCCACUGGAGGGCUCUGGGGACACUGGGUGUCUUGGCAGAGGCCACCUGUCGCCCUGGAAGUGAAGCACUAGGCCCAGGAGGUGUAGGCAGGUGGAGCUGGAUGCUCUGCAGGGGACAUGUCUGUGCCCAUAUCCUCCUGACCCGAGGAAGAUUUGGCUUUGCUCUGGCUGAGCAGAAACCAGCUCAGCUCCUUCUGGGCUUGGUGGCACUGGAGUGGGCUCUGGCUGCCGUGGCCACACGUACUGGUGGCCCUGGAGAUGGUGGAGCAGGGACCGGUGACAAAUUUCACCUUCCAGGUUAUUACUGUAAGACUGAGGGCCUUACCAAACGCUCCGAGGAGCUGACUACAGUGACGAUCACCCGGGAAGGAACACACCGGACAAGUUGGAAAGUAAAACAGACCUUUAUUAGUCUGGCCAGACGGCACUCCCAAAGCAAAGUAGCUAAGAGAGGCAACUGGCUCAGAGUCCGAGGCUGUUUUCAUAGGGGGUUGAGGGGGAGGUUAACAUGUAGAUUUACGGAAAAAAAGGAACAAAGGUUGGUGGUCGACUGUCACGUACUAACGGUCAGCAGACACACAGUAAUGGUCACGACCAUAUGGUCACGACCGUCACGUACUGAUGAUCAGCAGACACAGUGAUGGAUUGUUUUACCGAUAGUGGGUCCGGGAAUUUUCGUUCUCCGGACAAACAAGGGGUUGAAUGAUUUACUUAGGAACUUUGCUUUGUUACAGGUUUUAUCUACUAUUUCAAGACUAACAAGCACAUUCUAAUGAUUAAAUUUUAAACAUAACAGAGGCUAGGGGAAUAAAUGAAUUUUGAAUCAUACAGUCCCACAUUACUGUCCUCUCUGCCCAGCCUCAGGUCCGAGACCUGGACCACAGGGCGGGCUGCACUCUGAGGGACUCUCCGGCCCCUCCAGGCUUUUCUCAUCCGCUGCUGUUUCCGGGCUUGUUUUCCCAGAAGUUCUUCGCGACACCUUCUCCUCCCUGGGCUUCGAAGUCCAGUGCUUUCUGUACCUUGCCGUGAGCGACAUGGU